AUGUAUAUAACACGUGACUCUAUCUCCGUUAAUUCCGCGCGGAUUCUCUACCUCCCCCAACGUCUUACUCUGUUCUUGUCUACGUCCACCUCGGUUGCUACCAAUAUGCAAUCGCUAACCACCCCUGCAUCAGUUUCGAAAAGGAAACAAGCAUGUAACAGCUGCAGACAGCGGAAGAAGCGGUGCGAUGGCGAACGGCCUGCUUGUUCACUCUGUAGAAAAUGGGGACUGAGAUGUGACUUCGCAGUACCCGCGGCAACGUUACCUUUCCUCGACGACUACAGUCCUCAGCUUUGGGGCAAUUUUAUGGGUGAUCAAUCACUGUUUCCUUCGGAUCCGGCCAGCUUUGGGAUUAUCAAUCCGAUGCAGGACCCAUAUAGAGGCUUCGAGAUGCCAAUGGGAUUUGAUAUGCCCACCAUGAAUCCGCUACAAAGCGCAUCUUCAGCAAAUACGUUUUCUCUCUCGAACCAUGCGACCGAAGCAGACUUUCUGACAGAAGUUACGCUCCCUCCCUUCGACACACUACUCAGCCUUGUUAGCAUUUUCUUUUCGGAUUACCAAAACAUGAUUCCGUGUUUUCACGAAGCGUCAUUUUAUUCCGAAUUGAAUUCCGGCACCCUUCAAAACGAAGCACCUUUUCUACUCUAUUCUAUUUGCGCCAUGGCUGCUCAUCUACAUCCCGAUCCAUUUAUCAACAACCAACAAGCGGCAUGGUAUAACCAGGCCAAGUUUCUUUAUGAUCUCACCCCCCGGAAUGCUAACCAUGCUAUCCGUACCAUUCAAACUGCUCUAUGCCUCAUCUGUCACGGCAUGACCACCGGCGAUUAUUCUAUGUGCUGGCUACUUUUGGGGAAGGCAUGGAGGCAGGCAGCUUCUUUGGGUAUUAACAAAAUAGACUCAAGCCAUGCCACAGAACUCAUCAAAGAACGACUAGAAGGGUUGGAAGAGGAUGAAAAGAAACAAUAUCUACCUUGGCAACAAUGGGCAGGAAAAUCUGCAAUGGAAAAAGAAGAGUGCAGAAGAACGUUAUGGCUUCUGUAUAUCAUGGAUCGCAACAUGAGCUGGCCCUCUGGUUGGCCUAGUGCAAUCGCGGAAAGACAUUUCAAAGUCGACAUACCAGUCACCAAUGCAGUGUUCCAGGGUAUGUCCAAGGAUACGGUGCCUGAACCAAGUAACAACGCGCCGUUUGUCAGGAACCUCAAUUCAUUGAUCGAUUCCACUUCCAUAGCUAAAACGCCUCUGAACCCACUUCACUAUCUUGUCGUCGCGCAUGUCCUUGUAGGUCGAAUAGCCGAACACAUUCAUUCUCUCCACGAUCCUCCAGAUACUCCAGAAUACGCACAGGAAUGUGAAGCGCUGGAUGCCUCUUUAUUGAGGCUACGGCUGAGUCUGCCACGUGCCAUGUCAUCUGUUUUGGAAGCGCCUCCCGAGGAUCGCCCUCAGGUCGUUUGGCUCAACGUUAUACUCAACUCCAUGGCCAUGUUGCUUCACUAUCGAGAGGCCUCCUAUUCCUCCGCGGAAGAGAGCCGCGCCAUCUUCAUCCGCGCUGUGAUCGCUGCGAAGAACACUGCGCUAAUAGUCAAAGACACUGCGCGGAUCUCCAUCCGUCUCCUAUACAACUUCCCCGUUUUAUGCUCAAUUUAUUUCGCCAGCUGUAUCUUGCUCAUUCAUUGGCGACUGGAGAAGGAUGACAGCUGCAAAGGCGAUAUGGAAAUCAUUAAGCUCGUCUUAGACAAAGCGGCUGAGGAAUACACAGUCUUGGGCGGCAAAUAUCAGAGGGCACUCAAGAGAGAUUUGGAAAGAAGCCACAACGACUUAGUGAAGCUACGAAACGUAGGAUACAAGGGAUUAUUGGCUGACUGUUCGGCAUGGGAAGGGUAA